UGUACAGAGGCCAAAAAGCAUUGCUGGUACUUCGAAGGAUUAUAUCCUACAUAUUAUAUAUGUCGCUCCUAUGAGGAUUGCUGUGGUUCACGAUGCUGUGUCAGAGCUCUCUCUAUCCAGCGGCUAUGGUAUUUUUGGUUCCUUUUGAUGAUGGGAGUUCUGUUCUGUUGCGGAGCUGGUUUCUUUAUCCGAAGGCGGAUGUACCCUCCUCCACUAGUAGAAGAACCUACUUUUAAUGUGUCUUACACCAGACAACCAGUCAACACUGCAUCAGGGUCACAACAACCUGGAGUGCCGUAUUACACAGAUCCAGGCGGACCUGUGAUGAAUCCCAUGGCUAUGGCUUUCCAUGUCCAGCCCAAUUCUCCGCAAGGAAACCCAGUUUACCCACCCCCACCUUCCUACUGCAACACACCACCUCCCCCCUACGAGCAGGUGGUGAAAUCCUCCACGUGAGGACUCUCUGGCUUUCUGACCUGACUGUGUGAGAAGAAGGUGCCAUUGCAAAGUGACCGAGAUGGAGGGCAUCCGCCCUUUUUGAACACUUGCUAGUUCUCCAAGUCCUCUCUCCCUCCCUUCCCUGCACCUUUCCUCAUUAAAGUUACUUGCAAAGGGGUGGUUUUAAAAUUUUUUUUUCUUUUCCUUUAUUUUUUUUUUAGUAGAAGUGGAUUUUUUUCUUUGUCUUCAAAAUGAGAGAAGUUGUCUUUGUAAUGCUUUUAAUGGAAACCUGUAUUUAAAACCUGUA